GGUGGGAAAUGGGAGGUAGAUAGUCCCGUCAGUGGCAUGCCGGCAUGUUACAGAGAGGGAGAGAGGGGGAGAGAAGACGAGGAAGAAGAAGAAGAAGGGAAGGUCCAACUCUGAGUUCCAUCACCGAAUAAACCCUAAAUGGAGGUGAAUCUAAGGAUUCUAGAGAAACCAGAGACCAAGGUUGAAGAAGACCAGGAAGAAAUCGCAGUCUCAUCCUCCAUAGCCAAAUCCACUACAGCAGCUACCGUCGUGACUCCUCCAUUGUCAAUUGCUUCAAUCUCUCUCUCGCUCUCAACCAUUCUCCCCACUAAUUUCCUUCUCCCUCCGAAACCCUAUUCUCUACUGUCUUCUCCUAACAACAAAGUCAAAAUCCCGUCUCAGAUAUCUUCUCUGUCUCACAUCUCUCUUUCAUCCUCACUCGCUCCUCCUAAACAAUCAUUCAGCUCCACUUUCUCGGCCAGCCCACUCCAAGCCCCUCUCUCUCGUGGGCCGCGUCGGUCCUCCGAACCAUCAAACCUUGCCGGAGUCCGCCGUUCGACUAUCGUGUGGUUCCGCAAUGACCUCCGUUUGCACGACAAUGAAUGCCUCAACACUGCCAACAACGAAUCCAUUUCGGUUCUUCCGGUCUACUGCUUCGACCCGAGGGACUACGGCAAGUCCUCCUCGGGAUUCGAUAAGACGGGGCCAUACCGCGCUUCUUUCUUGAUCGAGUCCGUCUCUGAUCUCCGACGGACCUUGCAGUCUAGGGGGUCUGAUCUCGUGGUCAGGAUUGGGAAGCCGGAGAUCGUUCUAGUUGAGCUGGCGAAAGCUAUCGGUGCCGAUGCUGUAUAUGCGCAUAGGGAGGUCUCACACAAUGAGGUUCGGGAGGAGGAGAAGAUUGAGGCGGCUAUGAAGGAGGAAGGUGUGGAGAUAAAGUUGUUCUGGGGAAGCACCUUGUAUCACGUCGACGAUUUGCCGUUUAAGCUGGAGGAAAUGCCGUCCAAUUAUGGUGGGUUUAAGGAGAAGGUGCAAGGUCUGGAAAUGAGGAAGACAAUAGCGGCUUUGGAUCAAUUGAAGGGUAUGCCAGCCAGAGGAAAUGUAGAGCCUGGUGAGAUUCCGACCUUGUUGGAUCUCGGUCUCAGCCCAGCUGCAACAAUUACUCAGGAUGGGAAGCCAGCCGCCGAUGCAUCUUUUGUCGGAGGGGAAACCAAUGCAUUGCAAAGGCUUAGAAAGUUCGCAGUGGAAUGUCAGGCACAACCAAACAAGGGAGAUAAUAGCAUAUACGGUGCAAACUUCUCCUGUAAAAUCUCUCCAUGGUUAGCCAUGGGGUGCCUCUCUCCUCGUUUCAUGUUUGAUGAGCUAAAGAAAUCUGUCACCAGGACAAUUUCUGCUGCUUCAACCCAGAAAGAUGGUGGUUCCGGCCCAUCUGAUGCUGGAAUGAACUGGCUGAUGUUUGAGUUGUUAUGGAGAGAUUUCUUCAGAUUCAUUACCAAGAAAUACAGCUCUACCAAGAAACAGCUUACUGGUCCUCCAGCUACAGCUUGCACUGGUGCGCUUGCUUAAGAGAAAUCAUGGAAGAAUUGAAAAAGAAAAAUUCAAAUGUGUGGUGGAGGCGUCACUUUUUUUCUGGUUCUUGGGAGGGGGCAAUUUUUGUCCAAUGACAUUUUGUAUGUCUGUUGUAUAUCAUUAAAAUAAGAAAACUCUUAGGGAAGGAAAUCAACGUGGGGGAUACCUGGUACUGUAGUAAUGCACUUCACAUUCUUCUCCAUUUCAAAUUUAUUUCUUGUAUCUUGAUUUUCUGCAUAUUGGUUACUGGAAGGAUCUUUUUUAAGUAA